ACUCCAUGAAAGUCAACAACUUUGUGGAUAUAUAAAAUAAAAGAGUACGGUUUUAUUACAAACCCAGAUCCGUUGAGAUCGGGAUAAUGGAAAAAGUUUAGCCAUGAGUAAGUCCGCCAUUCACCGGUUGACCCGGCAAACUCGGGAAGACGACUCGGAUCAGUGUCGUGGUCGUGCAAUCCACAAGCACCCAAAAUCCAGCUCAGAGACUAAGUACCCAAAAUUAAAAUAUUCAGAAGCCAAGCGAGAAGCCUGUCACGUCUCCACCACUUCCACUUCGCUACGUCAGUAUAUAUACAUGUAUACAUACAUACACAGAUUCAAUGUGGUGAAAAGAAACAACAAUGGGAAAAGACAAUGUGGUGGUUUUGGACUUCUGGGCGAGUCCGUACGGGAUGAGGACGAAGAUUGCGUUGGCGGAGAAGGGAGUUGAGUUCGAGACACGACAGGAAGAUCUGUGGAACAAGAGUGAACUGCUCUUGAAGUCGAACCCUGUCCACAAGAAAGUGCCUGUCCUUAUCCAUGACGAUAAACCCAUCUGCGAAUCACUCGUUCAGGUUCAGUACAUCGACGAGACUUGGUCAAAGACCGGUUCUUUCUUUCCAUCUGAUCCUUACCAGAGAUCUCAAGCAAGGUUCUGGGCAGAUUAUGCGGACAAAAAGGUAUCAUUCGAAGCGGGAAGGAAGAUAUGGGGAACGAAAGGGGAAGAGCAGGAACAAGGCAAGAAAGAACUUCUCGAGAGCUUGAAGGUUCUAGAAACCGAGCUAGGCGAUAAAGCCUAUUUCGGAGGAGAUUCAUUCGGGUAUGUAGACAUAACCCUCGUCCCAUUCUACAGCUGGUUCUAUGCCCUCGAGAAGGUCGGUAACUUCUCUGUUGAAUCUGAGUGUCCGAAGCUAUUUGCUUGGGGCAAAAGAUGUCUUCUUGAACGUGAAAGUGUCUCCAAAUCACUGCCUGAACCAGAGAAAGUGUACCGACAAGUCCUCAAACUCAGGAAGUUGUUCGGGAUUGAGUGAAUCACAAAUCAAAACUCUUUAUCUUUUUUCGAUUCUUGUUAUAUUUUUCUUAGAAUGUGAUCGGAUAUUAACCUAAGGAUGCAUCGGUCCUGCAUGGAUUUGUACGUGUCUGCAUGAACAUUUUUACGUGGUUUUUUUCUUCUUC